CGAAUCCGGUGGUGCUCUCAGUGGCCGAGAAGAUAGAAGAUGAAAGCGCCACCAGUACAUUUGUGUUUGGUGAUGUGGCGGUAGAAGAUAGAACGUUGACCAGGACGCAAGAAGCUAAUACUAAGAAUGUUUUGGGUCCGUCUAGUUCUGGUUCGGACCUUGGAUCGGGCCUCACAAGCUCGAACCUAGGAGAAGAAACAAUGUCCAAGUGUGCGCAUAAACGGAAGAAAUCAUUGGCGCAACCGAAGAACAGCUCACAAGGAAAGAGGAAAGUUAAGGUGGAUUGGACGCCAGAGCUGCACAAAAGGUUCGUGCAGUCGGUGGAGAAGCUAGGUUUGGAUAAGGCAGUCCCUUCAAGGAUUUUGGAGCAUAUGGGAGUUGAAUGUCUCACUCGUCAUAACAUUGCCAGUCAUCUUCAAAAGUAUAGAUCUCACAAUAAGCAUUUACAAGCGCAUGUAAAGAGGAAAUGGAACCCAAUGCCGAAAAUGGGAGGAAAAAGAGGGACAAACCGUUCACCACCAGUGGGCUUCUUCCCUCCCCAAACGCCGCAUGUCAGUCCUCUGCAUGUGUGGGGUCAUCCUUUUCUUAACCAAUCACUAGGGCACGUGUGGCUUAACCAUUUAUUAGCUCCUUCUUGGUCUCCUGCCGCGGCAUGGUCAUUCGCGGCGACUCCGCCACCACCACCGCCGCCAACUAACUUUUCCUUUUGGCAUUCCUACCCCAACGAAUGUGUGUAGGGCUGUCGGUAUCUGAUCUGUUAAUCUGUAAAGAGUGGGCAAUGGCCAUUAUCGGUAUGUUCCGCUGCAAAUUUCUUUUUCGAAUCGGAAUAUUCAAUCCAAAAGCACCCAAAGCCGAUCCAAGAAAUGUAUUAGAAAAUUGGAAUGGAUAAAUCAACCCGAGCAAAAUAAAAGGGUUGUAACGAUAAUGUGAUUAUAAUCUGUUAAAGUCCUUCAAUUUAGACAUUUGAACGGACCAACGAGUCAAAUUUCCCAAAAUUAAUUUAUACUUCCUCCGUCUCUUUUUAGUUGCAACAGGCGAUGUGUCUGGAAACUCGGAAUCGUAAAUGGAUUCGAGUACUAUUCUGAUUUAACAUUUCACGUUUGCCAACGCACAACUUUGACCGUCAUUAUAUUUAAUUCUGUAUUAGUAAAAAUAAAAUAAAAAUCAGAUUAUAAAGCUUAGUAAUGAGACGAAUUUAACAACAUUUUUCAAAAAAAAGUAAUUCACAUACAUUAAUAAAUAAAAUGUAAUCAAAGUAAAGUACAUGAAUAGUGUAUAUAUUACAAUGUUGCAAUUAAUGAGAUACGGAUGAUAGUAUAUAAGCAAUAUGAUAUUCCAAAUUAAAAAUAUACAGUAAUACUUUUCUAUCUAGAUGAGUAAUGAUGUUUUCUUUUAGAUUGAAUUUCCUGCUCUGAUCUGAUCUGGGACUAUAAACAAUAUAUCCCAAAAAAAUCAUUUGUGCUAUGGCGUAUUUAAGAGAUCUUUGUUACUCCGUAUUUAAGUACUCCCUCCGUCCCAGAAUUUACUUCCAUAGUACAAAUGGCAGAUUGAUUAAGAAAGUGGGAAUUGUGUGGUGGAGAGUUGUGCAGAGGAGAGAGAAAUGUGUAAGAAUGUGUAAAAAUUGUUGGGAAUCACAAAUUAUUUGCCAAAAAGGAAAAAAGAAGUUCUAUUUGGGACAGACGAAAAGGGAAAGUUGGAAGUAAAUUAUAGGACAGAGGCCGUAGUACAAUACAACUUGUUAUUAUUGUUUGAUGCUAUGAAUGAAUACGAUGAAGAGACGUGGAGCUGCUGCAGUCGUAUCCGGCAUCGAGCGUCUACCCAUGUACUCGUAUGCAUUACACCCCGGCUGCGUUGGUGUCCCGGCCUCCCAAACCAUUCCUACGUCCCCACUUAAUUCCAACUCGGCCAAGGAGACGAUAGACACAGUUAUUGGAGAUGUUUUAUCAAAACCAUGGCUGCCACUUCCUGUAGGGUUGAAACCUCCAUCCGUGGAUUCCAUUAUGAAGGAGUUGCAGCGCCAUGGGAUAUCUAAGGUGACCGUCCCGCGCUACCGCCGCGUUUGAUCAUCGGAUGAUUACUGUGCGGGCGCUCGAACUUUUUUUGAGGGUUUUUCGGGUCAAAGAAAUCGAAAAUUCCUUCUAAUUUGACGACAAUUCAUCCCCUUUAAUUAGAUGAAGUUGAAUUGCAGUUUUUGCCCCACUUUAAUUAGCUUCUGCUUAUUUUUGCCAUGUUCUUGUCCAUGCAUGCAUGUGCAAGUACAUUGUUUAACAAUGGGGUUGUAUCAUUUAGUAUUUAUCUCACUCUCUUUGUGUUUUUAACUCGAUGUGAUGGCUGUGUACUGUAUGUUCUUUAAUAAAAUAUGGUAAAUGUUUUUCCGUC